AUGAUAUCAAAGUGGGCCAUAUUAGUAGUAUGUACACUACUAGGAUCUUCGCAAUCAGCAUUCGUUGAUACGUUAUCCCAGUGUGCCCUCAAAGACCAUGAUUGUCUGAAAAACCUAUUCCAGAAACUUAUAAUAGAAUACAGUUCAACUGGAGUACCAGAGUAUGGAGUCCCACCUUUUGAUCCAUUUAAAAUUAAAGACAUCACCAUACCCAUUCUAGGCCUAUUAAAUAUCACUAUAGAAGAUGCUGAAGGCGUGGGAGUCAAAACUUGUAUCAUUGACAGUUUUAGUUGCGAUAUAGAAAAGGGACUAGCUAAGGUUGGCAUUACUUGUGAUAUUGAAGCAAAAGGGAAAUUUUUAGUAAGUGGUACAAACCCGAUUUCUGAUCAUGUUUAUGCUGGCAAAAAUAUCCAUGGAAAUGGAAAUGGUGAAAUAAAAGCAGAAAAAUUACACAUGGACUUAGGAUUUCACUACAAUUUGGUAAGAAAAGAAAAUAAUGAAAUUUAUAUAUCUCCUCUUUUGGAUCAAACUGAGUUUUCAUAUGACAUGCAAAAUUUCCAUAUCUCAGCUGAUAACAUAUUUAUAGGAGAGGAAGAUGUCAGUGAACAAUUUGUAUCAUAUAUAAACGAGAAUUGGAAGACAAUAUUGAAGUUAUUCGGGAAGACGAUAUUUGAUCAAAUUUUAAAGUAUUUGCAAGAAAUAUUAACGAAGCUUGUGGACUCUGUACCUAUUACAAAGGUUUUAUCUGGUGACAUAUCAUCUUAUGUCAAGAACUAA